UUUCAGAGGUGUACGUAACUGGGUUUAUUGAGAAAUGAAAUUGGACUUUAUGGACUCUCUCUCUCUCUCUCUCUCUCUCUCUCUCUCUCUCUCUCUCUCAGAUGAAAUUAAGAUGAAGAAAGCAACGCACUAAGACAGGGAAUAAUAAUAAUAAUCAUCAUCAUAAGGUUUGAGCUGGGCUGGGCUUUUAGACUUUUAAUACUAUAAAAAACAAAACGUUGAUAUUGGUAACUCUGCGCAAAGCCCCGCGCAGCAAGGACGCGCCGGGCGCACAGCAGCGCUCUUUAUUAAAUGACGUCACUGUGUCAUGUCGACGGGCAUCGUGCGCCAUCUUGAACCGAAACAAAAAUCACGGGCAGAUCCAGCUCGCGCUCCUCCCGUGCGUUUCUCCGCACGCGCUCUCGUCCCGCGCUCGUUCACACCGCUAUCGCCUGGUUCAGGUCGCGAAUAAGCCGCACUGAAGGCUCGAGGCAGAGACAGAGGCGAUCAUGGCAGGUAAACAGGGGAGAGGGGGGGUGGUUAAACUGGUAGGCGGGGGCGCAGCGGCAGCAGUGCGGCCUAAACAUCCAACCAGACCCCCUUUAGAUGAUCAAACCCCUCAUUUAGUACUUUACCACCGUAUGCAUGCUCAUAUGGAGUAUGGCUAUUGGUUUAAUAUGUUUAUAUGCCUCAGAGAGGGCAAUUUGAGCAUGCAUUUAAAUGCACUCGUGUUUUGUUGUUGUUGCAGGGGUUGGUGGAAGCAAUGACUUCCAGUGGUGCUUCUCCCAGGUUAAAGGAGCCAUAGACGAAGAUGUUGCAGAAGCGGACAUCAUUUCAACGGUUGAAUUUAACUAUUCUGGGGAGUUAUUAGCCACAGGAGACAAAGGGGGAAGAGUUGUCAUAUUUCAGCGGGAACAAGAGAGUAAAAACCGCUCGCUCUCGAGAGGGGAAUACAACGUGUACAGCACUUUUCAGAGUCAUGAACCUGAGUUUGAUUACUUGAAAAGUUUAGAAAUUGAGGAGAAGAUCAAUAAAAUCAGAUGGCUCCCGCAACAGAACGCUGCACACUUUCUCCUCUCCACAAACGACAAAACCAUCAAAUUAUGGAAAAUCGGCGAAAGGGAUAAACGAGCAGAAGGAUACAACCUUAAAGACGAGGACGGAAGGCUGCGAGAUCAGUUUCGAAUCACAUCACUACGGGUUCCUGUGUUGAUGCCGACAGACUUGAUGGUGGAAGCCAGCCCACGCAGAAUAUUCGCAAACGCACAUACAUAUCACAUCAAUUCCAUUUCAGUAAAUAGUGAUUAUGAAACAUACCUUUCUGCAGACGACCUCAGAAUAAACCUCUGGCAUUUAGAAAUCACAGAUAGAAGUUUUAACAUUGUAGAUAUAAAGCCAGCGAAUAUGGAGGAGCUAACGGAGGUGAUAACAGCAGCCGAGUGCCACCCACAUCAGUGUAACAUCUUUGUAUACAGCAGUAGUAAAGGAACCAUCCGCCUCUGUGACACGAGGGCUGCCGCGCUCUGCGAUAGACAUAGCAAAUUUUUUGAGGAGCCAGAAGACCCUAGCAGUCGGUCGUUCUUCUCGGAAAUCAUCUCCUCCAUUUCCGACGUCAAGUUCAGCCACAGCGGCAGAUACAUGAUGACCCGCGAUUACCUCUCUGUGAAAGUCUGGGAUCUGAACAUGGAAAACCGGCCCAUAGAGACCUACCAGGUACACGAGUACCUACGUAGCAAGUUGUGCUCACUCUACGAGAACGACUGCAUUUUCGACAAGUUUGAGUGCUGUUGGAAUGGUUCAGACAGUGCCAUUAUGACUGGUUCCUACAACAACUUCUUCAGGAUGUUUGACAGGAACACGCGCAGGGACAUCACACUGGAGGCCUCACGGGAGAACAGUAAACCCCGUGCCGUGCUCAAACCGCGCAAGGUCUGCACCGGUGGUAAACGGAAGAAAGACGAAAUCAGCGUGGACAGUCUGGAUUUCAACAAGAAGAUCCUACACACCGCCUGGCACCCGAAAGAGAACGUCAUAGCCGUGGCUGCCACCAACAACCUCUAUAUAUUCCAGGACAAAAUGAAUUAAAAAGAAAGUGAUUUAAAAAAUAAAUAAACCUGACAAAAUCAAGAUAAAGAAAUAUCUCCCCAUCCCUGUUUACCACGACGCAGAUCGGAGGACACUCAAAAUCUUGUACUUUGCAAUGUUAAGCCUAGUCGUUAAAUCUGUAAGAGAAAAAUGGCCGUUUCGUCCUGACGAAGAAUUGAAGCACUUUUUUUUUUCAUGCGUAGACAAGGGAGACCGUAUAUUUUCUAGUAGGGCAAAAUGAUUCACAACGAGAACACCAAUAUUAACCUCAAGCAACGGAAUCGACGAACACCAAUCAGCAUAAAGAGGCUAGGUCAAGUCGUACGCAUAUUCGUCUUUCGGCUGAGCCUUACGUUUUUAUGAUUUGAUGACCUUAAGUAUGGAACUUACCACAGGAUGAGUGUCGUCUCGCAGUCAAAGUGGUAUGUACCUCAAAAUCAGGCCUUCAUGAUGUUUUUGUUCAUGGCUGUUAACAUUCCUUCCCCUGACCCAACUCUCAGGCCUCGAUGUUCUACCUUUUAAGCACUUAAACAGGUCUCCAUUUUUGUCAGUGGACAGUUUUCGUUUUUUUUUUUUUUUUCUGUUUAUUUUGUACUUUUUUUCUUUUUUUUCAUACAUAAUUAUAUCUACUCUAACUGUAUCUAUAUAUUACACCAUCCGGUGUCAAACCACUUAAUAAAAGUAACAUAACGACAAAGAAAAAGCGUUUUUUUACAUUGUGAGCAGGUAUGUAUGAAGUUCCAUAAUUGCAUGUAGAUCUGGAGCGGCAGUGGUAAAAAUGUGAAAUCAACCUGCUGUUCCCAUAUUGGCCGUAUUAUAGGGGAAUUCCACCCAAAAAUAAGAAAUUCGUAUACAGCAAAAAAUGCGUGGCCUGCUUUAUCAAACAAGUCUAAAAAUUAAUUUUCUUAGUGUUUUGUCAUGUUUUUCAGAAAAAUCGAAAUCUAAACAUCCUUAAAUCUAGAUCUAUUUACUUGAUUAAAGAUAAUAGUUGUUUGCAGAGAAUAUAUCUUAAGUUUAGUUUUCUUACCCCCAUUGGCAAAUUGUUUCCCCCCUUGUUUAAAGCUAAACAUCACAAAGUUUGUUAGAUUUAUGCUUUAAAAAAAAAAUGGAAACGGGGUUAGGAAAAUAAACUUAAAUUCUCUUUCAAGCAAUUUUGCUUUUCAAAGAAAUGUAUCUUUAUUUAAGGAUGUUUACAUAUUUUACUGGAAAAUUAGUUUUGUGCAGUGGAAUGAAUGGCCCCUCGUUUAUUAAAAAGUUUUUUUUUAUUAAAAAAAACUUUUAAUAAACAUUUUUUUUUCAGUCAGAGUCAGUUACACUGGAGUGAAUGGGGCCAAUCCAUAAACGUUAAAAUAAAUACUGUGUUUAAAAAGUGUAGCCAUAAGAUGCAAACGUCUUAUUAUAUUUUAGUGCGAUACAAUCACACACUAACCUUAUUUCUGUAAAGUUACACCUAAUAUUACAAUAUAGUUGCCAUUAUGAUGCAACACUGUAAGUGAUUUUAUCACACUAAAAUAAUUGUAACAUGUAGAAUGUUUAAAUCUUGUGCCAGUAAAUAAAAUAAAUGUAUUUUAAUGUGUAUGAAAUGGCCCCAUUCACUUCCAUUGUAAGUGCCUUAAUCUAACCACGAUAUACUGUGUGUGUGUGUGUGUGUGUGUGUGUGUGUAUAUGUAUAUAUAUAUAUAUUACACAUACAUACAUACAUACAUACAUUAUAUAUAUAUAUAUAUACACACACACACACACACACAGUUGAAGUCAGAAGUUUACAUACACUUAGGUUGAAGUCAUUAAAACACAUUGUUUAACCACUCCACAGAUUUCAUAUAAGCAAGCUUUAGUUUUGGCAAGUCGUUUAGGACAUCAUCUUUGUGCAAGAGAAGAGUCAUUUUUCCAGCAAUUGUUUACAGAUGGAUUGUUUCACUUUUAAUUGACUAUAUCUCAAUUCCAGUGGGUCAGAAGUUUACAAACACUAAGCUAAAUGUGCCUUUUAGCACAUAUGGAGAAUUCCAGAAAAUUAUGUCUAGUCUUUAGGCAGUUAGCUUCUGAUAGGCUAACUGGAGUCAAUUGGAGGUGUACUUGUAGAUGUAUUUUAAAGCCUACCUUCAAACUCCGUGCCUCUUUGCUUGACAUCAUGGAAAAAUCAAAUGAAAUCAGCCAAGACAUCAGAAAAAAUAUUGUGGACCUCCAUACGUCUGUUUCAACCUUGGGAGCAAUUUCCAAACGCCUGAAGUUACCACGUUCAUCUGUACAAAUGACAGUAUGCAAGUAUAAACGGCAUGGGACUACAAAGCCAUCAUACCGCUCAGGAAGGAGACUCAUUCCGUCUCCUAGAGACGAAUGUAGUUGGGUGUGAAAAGUGCAAAUUAAUACCAGGACAACAGCAAAAGACCUUGUGAAGAUGCUGGAGGAAACAGGUAGACAAGUAUCUAGAUCCACAGUAAAACAAGUCCUAUAUCAACAUAACCUGAAAGGCUGCUCAGCAAGGAAGAAGCCACAGCUCCAAAACUGCCAUAAAGCCAGACUACAGUUUGCAAGUGCACAUGGGGACAAAGAUAUUACUUUUUGUGGAAAUGUCCUCUGGUCUGAUGAAACAAAAAUGUAACCGUUUGCCCAUAAUUACCAUCGGUAUGUUUGGAGGAAAAAGGGUGAGGCUUGCAAGCCGAAGAACACCAUCCCAACCGUGAAGCAUGGGGGUGGCAGCAUCAUGUUGUGGGGGUGCUUUGCUGCAGGAGGGACUGGUGCACUUCACAAAAUAGAUGGCAUCAUGAGUAAGGAAAGUUAUGUGGAAAUAUUGAGGCAACAUCUCAAGACUUCAGCCAGGAAGUUCAAGUAGUGUCGUAAAUAGGUCUUCCAAAUGGACAAUGACCCCAAGCAUGCCUCCAAAGUUGUGGCAAAAUGGCUUUAGGACAACAAAGUCAAGAUAUUGGAGUGGCUAUAACAAAGCCCUGACUUCAAUCCUAUAGUACAUUUUUGGGCAGAACUGAAAAAGUGUGUGCAAGUAGGCCAACAAACCUGACCCUGUUUCACCAGUUCUGUCUGGAGGAAUGGGCCAAAAUUCUUCUUCCAAAAACGUAUUGUGAGGAGCUUGUGGAAGGCUACCCAAAACAUUUGACCCAAGUUAAACAAUUUAAAGCCAAUGCUACCAAAUACUAACAAAGUGUAUUUAAACUUGUGACCCACUGGGAAUGUGAUGAAAGAAAUAAAAGCUGAAAUAAAUAAUUCUCUCUACUAUUAUUCUGACAUUUCACAUUCUUAAAAUGUCAAAUUGUGAACUGAGUGUAUGUAAACUUCAACUGUAUAUAUAUAGUAUACUAUACUAUAAUAUAUAUAUAUAUAUACGCACACAGUAUAUACACUCACCAGCCACUUUAUUAGGUAUAUCUACUUAUUCAAGUGAUGAUCUAAUCAGCCAAUCGUGUGGCAUCAGUGGAAUCUAUAAAAUCAUGCAGAUAUGGGUCAGGAGCUUCAGUUAAUGUUCACAUCAACCAUCAGAAUGGGGAAGUAGAUUUACAAUUCUACCUAAUAAAGUGGCUGGUGAGUUUAUAUAGAAAAAAAAUAUAUAUAUAUAUACUGUGUAUGUGUGUGUGUGUG